UUAUAGUUGUAUAAUAAUAAUAAUAUAAUAAUAAUAAUAAUAAUGAUAAUGUGUUAUAGCUUCUGAGUUUUAUGUGCAACAUAACUGCUACGUAUUUGGACGGCUAACCGACUGGUUUAACGCUUUGAAUACUUAUCCAGCUUCAGAUUAUUAUCCAAACCACCAUCUGAAGCGCUCGAACAAACCGCGUUGUAACUUGCUGAAUAUGAUGUCAGAGCCACGGCGAGGUCGAUUCCUGGUUAGAGGUUUCUGACAAACAACCAGCUGUAGCUAGCUGCUGGGCUAACGGCUAUCAGGGGCAUUUUGGCCGCCCGUUGUCGGUGGCUGUUUAGUCGCAGGUUGUCGCUCGGUUUUCUCCGAGCCGAGAAUACGGUCACCGGGCCGGAUCCCAAGUCGGUUUGUCUCGUCUGCGGUUCUAGGGCAGCUUCGGCUAAAGGCUCGUCUCGCUUUUGACCCUCUUCUUGGUUCUGUAUCUAGUCGUCUUUUUAUUUGCACGCAGAUAUUGUCGAGGUGGUUAGUUUUCACACCGCAAAGGUCAGCUCAAAGCUGGCUUCUCUGGAAUCACUCCUACUGUUACCCAUGCAACACAUCGUCUCAUUUAUAAAGUUUUAUUUACUUUUACAUUUUAAGUUUACAGUUGGCUUUAAUGAGACGGUGAUCUUCCGAGUUUACGUGGCUAGGCACCAUGGAUGUGUUCCUAGAUCUCCACUGAAGAUGUCUGAAACCAUCUACGAGGGUUUCGAGAAGAUGGGGACGAAGAAGAAGAACAAGGAGCAGGUCCCUCCAGCGCCGUCUCCCGAGCAGCAGCAGAAGAAGCAGGGUGCAGGGAAGAACUCAAAAAAGUCUCACACAAAUGGGGCCGUGCAGAAGCCAGACCACUUUAAAUCCCUUGAGGAAGCUUUGAAAGCAUUUGACGUUCCGGAGCUCCAACAGCAGCUGGAGAAGAGUGAGACUCUCUUUCCUGAAAACCCCUCUGUCUGGGUGAAGGACCUGGCUGGAUACCUCAACUACAAACUGCAGGCCCCUGAGGUGGAGCCCACUCUGAGUAACCACUCUUAUGAUUACCCAUACUGCCUGGUUUCCAAGGAGCUGAGGGGCGUGAUUAAGAGGCUGCUGGGGCGCUGUUCUGACUCGCUGCAGGAUUUCUUCGAUCACUGCAUUUACACGAUGCUGCGAGAGUUGGACAAACCCUCAGGUGAACCCCUGCAUGGUUACAGGAUCUGCAUCCAAGCCAUAAUGAUGGACAAACCCAAAAUAGCCACGAUGAACCUGGCAGAGCACUUGGAGCUGCUCAGGUCUCAGCAGAACCGACCCAUGAAGUGCCUGACCAUCAUGUGGGCCCUGGGCCAGGCGGGCUUCACGGACCUCAGCCAGGGACUCAGGGUGUGGCUGGGCGUCAUGCUGCCGGUCCUAGGCGUGAAGGCCCUGUCGUCCUACGCCAUCGCAUAUCUGGAAAGGCUCCUCAUGUUACAUGCCAACUUGAGCAAAGGCUUCGGGAUCCUGGGGCCAAAGGAGUUCUUCCCUCUGCUAGAUUUUGCCUUCAUGCCCAAAAACGCACUGUCUCCCAGCCUGCAGGAGCAGUUGCGUCGCCUCUACCCCCGGCUCAAAGUAUUGGCGUUCGGGGCCAAGCCAGAGAACACGCUGCACACAUACUUGCCCUCAUUCCUGUCCAGAGCCACGCCACACUGCCCCGAUGACAUGAAAAGAGAGCUCCUCAGCAGCAUGACGGAGUGCCUGUCCCUGGACCCGCAGAGCCUGGCCGUGUGGAGGCAGCUGUACCCGAAACACCUGCCGCAGUCGGGCCUGCUGUUAAACAGUUUAUCUCAAUCGUGGGGCAGUUUAUCACAAAAUCUCCGCAGACGCUUGCAGGAAACGAUUCAGUCCUUCAAGGUGACCAAUGAGGAGAUGAGGAACUGUGGGCGCUCCCAGGAGGUCAGGGAGUGUAACACACUAUGCAGUGGCCUGCAGCAGAAGAUGCGAGGCCGGCAUUUCCCCUGGUGGCGACUGAUUCUCGCCGUCCUGGUUUUCACGACGGGCUUCAUGGUCCAUGACAUCAGGUCACAUGGGUCGUUUAAAGCAUCUACCACAGCAAGAUACCUGCAGAGCUCGGGGGUGUCGCCACUCUGUCAGCAGGCAUGGACCCGCACGUCUCACUCCCUCCAGACGGGCUUCAGUUGGAUCGAGACAAACGCUCCGUUUUACUAUUCGGAAGCCGUUGCUGCUGUGGGACCCAUCUUGCAUGUGGCCUGGGAGAAGUCCAGGACCGCCGCUGUCUUCAUCACCGAGUUCUGUUCAGACUUGGUCCUGUGGUUCAGGGAGAAUGGCCCGCACUUUGUUGAAUGGCUCAACGCCAACAUCCCAGAAGGUGUUUUCCAGUUUAUCGAGUAUCUGAAGGAACUUCUGCUCUUCGUCCAUGUGAACUACAUCCUUCCAGCCAUGAUGCAUCUCAAAGCAGCACUCGAACAUUGCUGGCAGAAGUUUGUAGACUCUUGCAAUGGUGAAGCAUCAUUACAGUGUGUUCAAAAUCAUGUGAUAAACUUCACCAAUUCCACCUGGACUUACCUGCAAGAUACUGCGUUUGCGAUUAAAAACCGGGCUGUCGAACUCAUGUCCAGAUUAUAAUAAGUGCACAGGACCAAUUUCUGAGGCUGCAUUUCCAAGGAGCGAAACCACCUGGUCUUUUUAGCAAUGCUCAAGUGAGGACUUUCUGGGAUACCAGAGCAGAUUUUUUUUUUUUGGUCAAUUGCAUGUAAUUUUAUCAUUUAUUUUCUACGUGCUGUCAUCAUUUUUGGGUGCACAGUUUUUUUUUUUUUUUUUUUUAUAGGUAUUCAGGUUUCCUAACUCAGUGUUAUUAAACUGCCAAAUGGGAACCAGCUGGGACCCAUCAUACCAGUGUCCUGUGCUAAAAAUCAAGACACUUCAAGGUUGUUGACUUGUGACUAUGAAGGAAAUUACCCUAUUUUUUCUGAAGCUGGUUACUAAGGUUAUACUAAAUUUGAAUAUUUUUUUGCCCAACAAUUUAAAGCACUGGAUUAUAGAUCAUUACUGCUGCUGCGUACUAUAUUGUAUAAAUCGAACAUUGUAUUUCCUGUCAUGGGGCGUUGAGAAAUGAUUUCCUACCUCUGUGCAGUAUAAUUGAUUUAGGUUUGCAUCCCCAGUCCUUGCGUAGAGCAUUUUGAGCAUCCUUUAGAACAACAGCAAUCUCACAUAGAUCCCAGUCUCAAUCACAGAGGACAUAUGAUGAGUUUGACAGGGCUUUGAGGCAGGUCCCUAAAAUCCUAGCUUUGAUGAAAGGCAAGGUAUCAUCUGAUGUCAGGAGGUAAAUGUUUGUAUCUGGGGAAAUUCUCUUAAGAUGAAAUCGUUUGAAUUUGUAUAUGUGAAAUGUUUAUAAAUAAAGACUUUUCAGCCCUUCUACUGCUAACUGAUA